CAAAUCUGUGGUUAUAGCAUAUACAGUAUUGGCAGCACUGCACAUUUCAGGCAUUUACCAUCAGUUUCGUGUUUUUAUAUCAAAUCACUAAAUAAAUUUAUUGAAUAAAAUGGCUCAAAAAAGCGUUAAUCCCUUAAACAUACUAAAAAGUAUAUACCACAACGAAUUCCAAUGGUCCGUAGUAAAGAGUUUUGGACUUUUUCUAUUAGGCGUACGCAUCGCAAAAGAAUUUACAGGAGUGGAAAUAAUGCCAGCGAUAGCCCAACACUAGUAACAAUGAUGUUUAAGGUUCACAUCUCCUACUUUAAUUCCUUCUAAUAUAGCGUGGUUGAAUUAAAACGUGUAAAAUUUGUUAAAUAACCACACUAAUAGAAUUAUACUUUAUUUAUCAAUUGAUGUAUUUAAAAAAGUUACAAUUUCAUUAAUAAAUAGGUCAAAUUAGAUAAAA